AUGAGAGGUUGUGAGUUCUAUAUCACGCUUUCGGAAGGUUUCUCUGUAUUCGAUGGGAAUGACAAGCUUUCUGGGGAGGUUGCUGAAGGACUCGAACUGUUGAAGAAGAUAAAUCUAAAUCUUGCUCACAACAAACCAAUUGAAGAGCUGAAAAUAGAAGAGUUGUGUAUUCUUCUAGAUCCGUUUGACAAUCUAGUUGAAGAAGAGUCCAAACAUGAAGAGCGGCAAGAAGAUGAUAUGUAUCUUUCUCGUCAGGAACUCGAGGAGCUUUUUUCUCUUGAAAUAGCUAGCAACAUGCUGAUAAUUCGCAAUCUGAAAUAG